AUGUCGUCUCCCUCUCUUAAAAAGAGAAGGAUGAAAAAAUCUUCACUGCCGGUAGACAGAAUUAGCGACUUGCCGGAUUCAAUUCUCUUUGAAAUACUUUAUUUUCUUCCAACCAAACUUGUUGUAACCACAAGCGUCCUCUCAAAGAGAUGGAAACAUGUGUGGCUCUCAGUUCUCGCUCUCGACUUUGACUCCGGAGGCAUCGAAACUUCCGAUCUCUUUCUUGAUGGAGUGCACUCAACGAUGUACCGGCGAGACAUCACACUACCAAUCCAUUCCUUUCGCUUCAAAUCUCGUGACUUUUGUAUUCAAAACGAUAUCAAUCAAUUUGUUUACCUUGUACUACAACGAGGAAUACAAAACUUGUGCCUCGACCUGUAUAAGUAUUGUCGCUUUACAAUUGAAUUACCCGCUACCAUUCUUAGUUGUAGAACCCUAAAGGUUCUUAAGUUGAGAAACUUAACUGUGGGAGAUAUUUCUCAAGUGGAUAUAUAUUUACCUAGUCUUAAAACUCUCCAUUUGCAUAAGAUUGAUUUUAAAUGUUAUGAGCAUCUAAAGAAUCUUCUAUUAGGAUGUCCUGUUCUAGAGGAUUUGGAAACAACAAAAAGUUGCUUUGUGGCCAAUUUUUUAAGCCGUUUAUCAGCGGACUUUAUAGCCUUACCCAGUUUGAUCAAGGCUAGGAUUUGUGAAUUACAUAUUCCAUUUAGUAUGGUUUGUAAGGCAGAGAUCCUACGUGUAGAAAGAGUGUGGAUGCUCCCAUGUUACAUGCAAUUUCCCAUGUUUGAGAGUCUGACUCACUUGGAGCUUAGCUUUAAUUCUGAAGUUUAUAAUCCGAAGUGGAAGUGGUUGAUGAGAAUGCUCAAACUUUCUCCAAAACUUCAAAAUCUUAUCAUCAAGUGGCAGGAUAACGAGGAUCUAGAAGAGAAGAUUGAUGAAUGUUGGAAGGAUCCACCAAACAUUCCAGAAUGUCUUUCAUCACAACUCAAAACAUGUCGCAUUAGAGUUUUCAAAGGGACACAAUAUGAUCUGCAAUUUGCAAUAUAUAUCAUGGAGAAUUCAAAAGUACUAGAAACUAUGAGAAUUAAUAGUAUACGUUCCCUAGAUAUAAAUGAAAAGUACCAAUUGUUGGCGAAAUUAUCUUCAAGCACAAGAGGCUCUACAACAUGCAAACUUUUAUUUAAUUGA